AUGUCAAGGCAGUGUGAUAUUACCAUCAAGAUGCGAGCCAUUCUCGUAGACUGGCUCGUCGACGUGCACGAGAAGUUUAAGCUUCUGCCGCAGACAUUGCACUUGACUAUCAACAUUAUCGAUCGAUUCCUUGCGGUCAAGCCAGUGCUCCGGAAAAAGCUUCAGCUGGUUGGUGUUACGGCCAUGUUCAUCGCGAGCAAGUAUGAGGAGAUCUACGCACCUGAAGUUGCCGACUACGUCUACAUCUCAGACCGCGCGUACCAACGGGAAGAGAUUCUGGCAAUGGAGGCGGUAAUCCUCAACGAUCUCAGGUUUGAUGUUACUGUGCCAUCGAGCUUAACCUUUUUGCAAAGAUGUCUCAAGGCAGCGCACGUGGACGUUGGCUGCGAAGUCGAUAACCACCGACACAUCGCGACCUACCUCGUGGAGUUGUCCCUUCAGGACAGUUCGAUGCUCAAGUAUCGACCAAGCGUGCGCGCAGCGGCUGCCGUGAGCCUGGCGGCGAAACUUUGCUACCUACCUCUGGUGUGGAGCCGGACGAUGUGCUUCUGCAGUGGCGGGUGGACCAAGGAGGACCUGAGAGAUUGCGAAGCUGAGAUGUACCGGCUCUUGGAGCAUGAGCGGGACUUGGCGGGGACUAACAAACUAACUGCGAUCAAGAGGAAGUUUGGUGUAUCAAAGUAUGCGAACGUGUCCAGCGCGCUGAGCGAGGAGCUCAACGCUCUCCGUCCCACAAGAAUGGAGAUCUGCCGGGCUGAAUAG